AUGACCCGACGCCCGAGCGCCUCCUGCUGCGAGCUCCACCAGGACCACAUCGCCGCCCCGCCUCCAAGUUCGCUGCUGCCAAGCGCCGCCGUGGCCAUGCCCGACGCCGCCAGCAGGGCCCCGUUCCCGUCUCCGGCGCCUCAAGACCCAUCCCCGAGACCUCUGCUCGAGCAGGAGCUUCGCCUCCUUGCUUCACGCCAAGGCCGACGCCGGCCACUUCACCUUCGCCUCGUGCUGCCGGCGCACCGCCGGACCUCCGCCUCGCCCCAUCCAUCACGCUGCCUGUUGGCCCCUCGUUUUUCCUCAGUGCCGAGAGGAUGCCAAGUACCACGACGUCGUUGCCCCUCAAGUUCGACUACAUGUAACAGCAAGUACCACUACGGCCGAAGACCUCGGACUUGUCAAGUACCCCUACACACGGAUACGCCAAGGUGGAUUACGCUCGAUGAUGUGACAAGUUCCUCCACCGAUGACUCAAUGGCUACAAAACGUGAACCACUACCGUCGACCCUCGAAGACCCCGUGGACGUCAAGUUCCGUGUCGUUGACCCCGAACCUCUAUGA